AUGAGCAAGGAACAACUUAAUGAUAUGCUGAAACGGUUAGAUCUCUCUGAGAUUCUUACCGGGCUGGCGCCUCAAGGAAAGAACAAGAAAGACACUGGUAGCCACAAGUUUUGGAUGACACAGCCAGUACCGGGAUACGAGGAGAAAAUACAAGAGGAAGGCCCAAUCAAGGUCAUUGACCCAAACACUAUAGAGAAAGAACCAUCGCAGAUGUAUCCUGGCUUUGAGUGGGUCACCAUGAACCUUGAGGAUGAGAAAGAGCUGGAAGAGGUGUACGAUCUCUUGUCGAACCACUACGUAGAGGAUGACGAGGCCAUGUUCAGGUUCCACUACUCCAGUUCUUUCUUUGAUUGGGCUCUCAGGGCACCUGGUUGGCGAAAAGAUUGGCAUGUUGGUGUCCGCGCGACAACGUCUCGAAAGCUGGUCGCCUUCAUAUCUGCUAUACCCGUCGAGAUCCGAGUCCGUCAAAAUCUAGUGAAUACCUCGGAGAUCAAUUUCCUUUGCAUCCACAAAAAGCUCCGUGGGAAGCGCCUGGCUCCCGUGCUCAUAAAGGAAAUCACUCGCCGGUCGUAUCUGGAAAAUACUUUCCAGGGCCUAUACACGGCCGGCGUACUCCUUCCCAAGCCAGUAUCUACCUGCAGAUAUUUCCACCGCAGUCUAAACUGGGAGAAGCUGUAUGAAGUCGGCUUUUCUCCAAUGCCUCCAGGAUCCACAGUGACCCGGCAGGUUGCAAAAUAUAGACUGCCAUCAAAGACAUCGACCGCUGGCGCCCGGCCCAUGGAAACAAAGGACAUUGAUGCAGUGCUCAGUCUAUUACGUCGGUACCUUGAUAAAUUCGACUUUGUGCCCAUGUUCACCCGUGACGAGGUCGAACAUUGGUUCUUACACAAACCCAAGGCGGAUGACGAACGCGUUAUCUGGGCCUACGUCGUCGAAGAUACUUCUGGCAAGAUCACAGAUUUCUUCAGUUUCUACUGCCUAGAAAGCACAGUCAUCGCAAGUUCAAAGCACAAGGUCGUUAGAGCAGCAUAUUUGUACUACUACGCCACUGAAACAGCGUUUGGAAAUGACCAAGAUGCGCUAAAGACUCGACUAAACGAGUUGAUGAACGAUGCCCUGAUUCUGGCUCGUAAUGCAAAAUUUGACGUCUUCAAUGCACUCACACUUCUACACAACCCCUUGUUCCUCGAACAACAGAAGUUCGGCCCGGGAGAUGGGCAAUUGCACUACUACCUCUUCAACUACCGCACAGCGCCGUUGCUUGGUGGUGUCGAUGCGCAGAACAGCGCCUCGGACAAGUUCAUGGGUGGCGUGGGGAUUGUCAUGCUGUAG